AUGCCAACAGGAUACAAGCCUUCCCCUUUGGGCUACGGUUCACCACGCAGUUCUCCCUUCCGCAGACCUGAGUCGCCCUCUUCGCAGUCCUCGAGCCGACAGAUCACACCCACGCCAUCCCCCAACAAGCACAACAGCAGCAACAAUAACGCUGGUUAUUUCUCGCCAUCCAGAUUUGUGAGCGCUUCGUCGCCGACCCCGACCCUCGAGAGUAACGGCGAGAGUCGGACGCCGCGCAGGUUAUUCGCGCCUUCGGAUAAUAAUAUGGCGUCGUCACAGCAGAAGCCGCUGACGGCGUCUGCGAAUAUCCCUUCCCGGACGCCGCCCGCGACGACGACGGCACAUCAGUCGAUUGGACAUGGCAAUGCGCUGUCUCAGCUCCAGCCGGCGCAGGUGCGGGUGCUCCGCGACGGGUUCCAGAUCAUGGAUAGGGAUAGCGAUGGCGUUGUGAACAGGGAGGAUGUCAUGGACAUGUUAACACAGCUGGGCCUCCCGGCAAACCCAUCAGACAUAUCACAGUUCUUCCCGCCCGGCGGGCCCCAGACCCUCACGCUCGCGGCGUUCCUCAACUCCAUCGCCACGGUGCUCGUGGCGCUCUCCCCUGCAUCGGAACUCCUGUCCGCGUUCUCGGCGUUCGACGACGACGACAGCGGCCAGAUCGACGUCGCCGAGCUGCGCGACGCUCUGCUCCGGACCGUCCCCGAGCCGGGCGAGCGCGCGCCCACGCCGGCCGAGGUCGACAAGAUCAUUGCCGGGUUCAGCGGCAGGAGAGCGUUCAGCAAGAGCAGUGUGGGAGGCCAGCGGCGCGGCGAGGUCUUUAGGUAUCAGGAUUUCGUCAGCUCUGUCAAUGGAAGCAAUGGGUCGUCUGAGGCCAAUUCGAAUGCGAAUUCAGAAGAAUGA